AUGCGUAAGGCCUUUCUACAUAUAUAUGCAAGAUUAGGGAAGUCUGAGAAUGAGGAACUGCGUUCGACUUUGAAAUUUUUAACGAAUGGGAAGAAAUCGGCUUCUACUUUCUCAUCUAUAUUUGGAAAUUCCAUCUCAGAACUCUCCAGGACUACAUCAACAUCACAGCCAUCUAUGAAUACAUAUCCUGAGAGUUAUGAUAAAGAAGACAAACAAUACAUUGAAAAUGUAGUUAAACUUCUAAAUUCAAAUUUGACAUUACAUAAUGCUAAUGAACAAAAGAUUAGGGUUCAUUAUGAUACGUUUUAUAAUCAGUUGAAAAAUGUUCUACAAUCGACUUCUCCAUUACAACAAGGACAGUCUCCAAGUAAGACUCAAAACAUGUCAUCGCUAUCGUCGAAAGAAUUGCUAAAUAAAUUGCUAUUGUCUCAAUUAACCGAGAGUUUCUCAAUGAAUAAGGCCUCAAAGAUAAUCUUAUCGAAACAAUUUAACCAUUUUAAAGAAUUAUGGUCAAAUAUUACGUUAUUCUCUUAUAUAGAAAGACUUGAGAUAUCGUUACUAAUAUAUUAUAGAACAAAGAAUCCUGAAAUAAAUGCAAGAUACAAUAAAGAAUGGAUAGAGAGAUUCGAUAAAUUUACUCCAGCUAUACAGAGAGUCUUUUGGAGAUGUUUGUACCAAAGGAAUAAUAUCGAAGAAAGUAAAAAAAUCAUAUACGAUACAAUAGUAAGAUUAGAUAAUUGGGGGCCUUCUAAAAUAAUUACAUUAUAUCAAUCCUUAUUUGAAAUAGCUACCGUAUUGCCCCAAUAUCAAACAUUAUCAAGAAAUCAAGAAUUGUUUAUAACAACUCUACGUACAUUGGCCCCUUAUAAAGAAUUUCGAAAAUAUAUGAUCAAAAUUGUGAAAUUGAGUAUGGAGCUUAAAUUGAUAAAUGAACAACCCAAUGAAGCAACAGAGAAACAACUUGUGAAGAGUGCUCCUCUAAUGAAUAAUAUUACCACACAAUACAAAUUCGCGACAUCAUUGAAUUUAAUUCUACAUGAUUUGUAUAACGGUUGCCAAUCAAAUAAUAAAUUGAGAACAAGUUUAAUACCUGAACUCGAAGAUAUCUUUAAAAUUAUAAGCAGCGAGGAAGAAGAAAUCAAGACUCAAUUAUCAUUACGUUAUACAUAA